AGUUUAAGAGGAUGAGGGAACGAAUGAGCUUUUAUUUGUAACUCGACAAAUACGUAUAUACAUAUGUAUUAUCAUAUAUCUAUAUAUACAAUAUAUAUUUACAUAUGUGUACGUAGUGCGUUUAAAAUUAUAAAUCGCCCGUGGGUUGCGAACUUCUAGUUGCCAAAAAUACGAGAUGCCUGAAACACGUAAAGUUUAAUUGUAAAAAAAUACUUAAAAAAUUUUAUUUUUUUUUUUUUUUGAAUAUUUAUUUGACGAUUAUCAAUUAUCGAUGGGAUUUAAUUGAUUGUUACAAGUGACAUUUUUUUUGUGCGAGGAUUUUUAAUUUGAAUAUUUCAAAAAUUUUAAGCGGUAAAUAAUAGAGAUGUCGUUUCGUGUCGUACGUAGCAGCAAAUUCCGCCACGUUUACGGAACAUCAUUGAAAAGAGAACAAUGUUACGAUAAUAUAAGAGUAUCAAAGUCAUCAUGGGAUUCAACAUUUUGUGCUGUUAAUCCGAAAUUCUUGGCGAUUAUUGUUGAGUCUGCUGGAGGUGGUGCUUUUAUUGUCCUCCCGCACAACAAGGUUGGCAGGAUAUCCGCAGAUCAUCCGCUGGUCGGCGGCCACAAAGGUCCUGUUUUAGAUAUCGCCUGGUGUCCGCACAAUGACAAUGUCAUUGCAUCGGGUUCCGAGGACUGCGUUGUAAAAGUAUGGCAGAUUCCGGACAGUGGAAUUUCCCGCACACUGACGGAGCCGGUUGUCGACCUGCAGCUCCAUCAGCGGAGAGUCGGUCUGGUGCUCUGGCAUCCAACGGCGCUCAAUGUCCUGCUGACCGCGGGAUCGGAUAAUCUGGUGAUCAUAUGGAACGUGGGGACCGGCGAGGCCAUCGUUAAAAUAAAUUGUCAUCCUGAUGUUGUUUACUCCGCGUGCUGGAACUGGGACGGCUCGAGGUUGGUCACUACCUGCAAGGAUAAAAAAAUACGAAUCGUUGAUCCAAGGUCGGGUGAAAUACUUGAAGAAGCUAUUGCUCAUGAAGGAAGCAAAGCUACAAGAGCUAUAUUUUUAAGAGGCGGUUUAAUAUUCACAACAGGAUUCAGUAAAAUGUCUGAACGUCAGUAUUCGUUACGAGCACCUGAUAUGCUGGGUGAGCCAAUAGUUAUGGUAGAAUUGGAUACCAGCAAUGGUGUUAUGUUUCCACUUUACGAUCCAGACACGAGUCUUGUUUAUUUAUGCGGGAAAGGUGAUUCUGUUAUUCGUUACUUUGAAAUAACUCCAGAGCCACCUUUCGUUCACUAUAUCAAUACCUUCCAAACACCCGAUCCACAACGUGGUAUCGGAAUGAUGCCAAAACGCGGCUGUGACGUUAAUAGUUGUGAAAUAAGUCGAUUUUACCGUUUAAAUAAUUCUGGCUUCUGCCAAGUUAUUUCAAUGACUGUACCAAGAAAGUCGGAAUUAUUCCAAGAAGAUUUAUAUCCCGAUACACCUGGGGAUACUGCGGCGAUAUCUGCAGAAGAAUGGGCUGCUGGUACUGAUGCAGAGCCGAUUUUAAUAUCAUUGAGAGACGGGUAUCAGCCGACUGCAUCUAAAAGCGAGUUAAAAUGUACCAAGAAAGCAAAUGUACUUGGAAAAAGUACUAAAGUUGGUGCUAAUGCACAAAAUUCAUCUCAAAAUAAUGCUAAUUUUGAGGACAUUAUGAAAGAAUUUUCUGAAGAAAUAAGAAAAUUGAAAGCCGUUAUCGUUAAACACGAAGGAAGAAUUCGUGUACUUGAAUCAGCAGUUGCAUUGCAAAUGAAAGAAGAUGAAAGAGAAAGAAACGAUAACAAAAAACCGUCAUCUCCAGCAGAAAAAGAAUUUCUGGCAUCUGACGAAGUAUGAUAAGUUAUCAUACGGGAUAUUUUUUAUGAAAAUUUAACGGAAAAUUAAAAAAAAAAGGAAAACGAAUGAAAUCAUAUUGAUAAGACGGACUAUGGUUCUUUUAAUUUAAAAUACUAAAUUAAAUAAAAUAUUUAAAAUGUAAAUGACAAAAUAAGAUCGUAUUAUAUUUAAAUAAUUAAAGUAACUAAAGAUUUAAAAUGAAUUAAAUUAAAAGAAAGUUAAAUAUUUAAAAGUAAACGAAUGAUUCGUGUAAAUAUUAGAUAGUUAGCCGAGUUGCCUUAAUUAAUAUUCCGAUCAAUUUUUUUUGCUACGAUCUUUGUUAUUUAUUUUAUUGUAUUUUACAUCGUUAAAUCAUCGUGCCUAUUUACCUGUUUUUACUGAUGACAUUUUAUUCGAAUCUGUAUUUUUAACAUUAUUAUUAUUAUUAUUAUUAUUUUAAUAAUUAUUAUUAAUAUUAUUAUACAUAUGUAUAGGUGAGCUCAACGACAAAGCAUCUCGUUACCUGCUAAUAUCAUUAACAUGACAAUGUUAUAUAUUUAUAUAUAUAUAACGUUAUUUUUUGAAUCUUUUAAUGACAAAAACAAUAAAUGAAAUUAAAUAUUUACUAUUGUGAAAUAUUAAAUAAAUAACUUUAGCACAAGAAAGUGCCUCCAUUUGUAUAAAAAAAUAAAAUAAAUCUCUUGUAAAAAAUAUCGAGAGAUUGACAAUUAA